AGAAUAAAAAGCAGGUGCUGAAAAGGAGCUGACUGUAGAAGAGCCCUCCCUCCCCAGAAGAGCAACGUGCUUUGAAUGAGGCUUCCCAGCCUCUUCCACUCGUCUCACACACGCUGUCACUCUGCCUCUCGCUUUGCACACUGUUGGUAUGCGACCUCGGAGGCGACUGCUCUGCCGCCUGAGCCUGGGGAGCCGCUGACAGCCAGCCAUUGAGCCAACCCCCCCUUCCACCCCCCGAUGGGUUUUUUUCCCUCCUUUUGCAAACACACACGCACACCCCCAAAGCAUAUUUAACGCUGAUCCACUCAGGCGCCAUUAUCGGGGUUACGUCUCGGAGUGUUUUGGUUUUCUCUCUCUCUUUUCUUUCUUUUCUUUCUUUUUUUUUCCUAUCACUGGAUGGUGCAGCAUUCCCGUGGCCUGUGGUGUUUCAGCUCGACUGCGUUUUCUUAUUUGUUUCUCUCCUCUCCCCCCGGCGCUUCCCCUCUCCCGAUCCCCUCCAAUCUCCCUGGGCACCGAGGAGGAGCCCUCGCUCUCUCUGCCACUGAUGUGGGACUGAGCCUCCCCCGCUUGUAGCAUGCUGUAGCAAAAAAAGAAGAGAGGAGGGGGAAAAGAAGAGAAAGAGGGAGAAGCGGCUCUCUUUCCCUCCCUCCCCCUCGCUUCCCGCGGAUUGACUUCAUGGCUUCACUAUACCAACGCUUCAGUGGGAAGAUCAACACCUCUCGCUCCUUCCCCGUGCCCCCAGAAGCCAGUCACCUCCUGGGCGCCCAGUGCAGCGAGGAGGACGGCUCUGCUGGCAAGAUCCCGCGUCCAUUGCAACAGGAAGGCAGCCGGCCCCGCUUCCAGUACCAGCCGCGAAGUGACUGCGAGGAGGAGGAUGAGCUGGUGGGGAGUAAUCCUCCACAAAGAAACUGGAAAGGAAUUGCAAUUGCCUUACUUGUCAUUCUCGUUAUCUGCUCCUUGAUUGUCACCUCUGUUAUACUCCUGACACCAGUUGAAGAUAACAGCUUGUCUCAGAAGAAGAAGAUAACAGUGGAAGAUCUUUUCAGUGCUGAUUUCAAAAUUCAUGACCCAGAGGCUAAAUGGAUAAAUGAUCAUGAAUUCAUUUAUAGAAACCAGAAUGGCACAGUGAUUCUGAGGAAUGUUGAAACCAACAAUUCAACGGUAUUAAUAGAAAACAAAAAAAUUGUCUCCUUAAAGGCUGUUCGAUAUGAAGUGUCACCUGACCGAGAAUAUGCACUUUUUGCUUUUGAUGUUGAACCAAUGUAUCGGCAUUCAUAUACGGCGCAUUAUGUCCUCAGCAGAAUUCCUCAUGGGGAUCCCCAGAAUUUGUAUCCCCCUGAGGUCAGCGAUGCAAAGCUUCAGUAUGCUGGUUGGGGUCCAAAAGGGCAACAGCUGAUUUUUAUCUUUGAGAAUAACAUCUAUUACUGUGCCCAUGUGGGGAAACAAGCCAUUCGAGUGGUCUCCACGGGAAAAGAAGGUGUUAUUUUCAACGGGCUCAGCGACUGGCUAUAUGAAGAGGAGAUCUUGAAGACUCAUAUUGCUCAUUGGUGGUCUCCUGAUGGCACCAGGUUAGCAUAUGCAACAAUUAAUGCUUCCAGAGUCCCCACCAUGGAGAUCCCAGUAUACACGGGCAGCCUUUACCCUACUGUUAAAACCUACCAUUAUCCAAAGGCUGGAAUGGAAAAUCCAACUAUUUCUUUGCAUGUGAUUGGUCUGAAUGGACCUACCCAUGAUCUAGAGAUGAUUCCCCCAGACGAUCAUAGACUGAGGGACUAUUACAUCACCAUGGUAAAGUGGGCUACCAGCACCAAGGUGGCAGUGAACUGGCUGAACAGGGCCCAGAAUUUCUCCAUCCUGACACUGUGUGAUGCGACCACGGGCGUCUGCACCAAGAAACAUGAAGAUGAAAGUGAAGGCUGGCUGCACAGACAGAAUGAAGAGCCAAUUUUUUCCAGGGAUGGUCGGAGGUUUUUCUUUGUGCGAGCCAGUCCCCAGGGAGGACGCGGGAAGUUCUACCAUGUUGCCAUGUCAUCAUCACAGCCCAACAGCAGCAGCGAUAACUUGGAGUCCAUCACAUCUGGCGAUUGGGAUGUGACAAAGAUAUUGGCCUAUGAUGAAAAGAGGCAUAAAAUUUAUUUCCUCAGCACAGAAGAUUUGCCAAGAAGGCGGCAUUUAUACAGUGCAAGCACGAAUGGGAACUUCAACAGGCAAUGUCUGUCUUGUGAUCUGAUUGAAAACUGUACAUAUUUCAGUGCAUCAUUCAGUCACAACCUGGAAUACUUCCUAUUGACAUGUGAAGGUCCCCGGGUUCCGAUGGUGACUGUUCACAGCACAACCGAUGCACAGAAAAUGUUUGAUCUGGAGGUAAAUGAAAAUGUGCAGCUGGCAGUAAAUGACAGGCAAAUGCCUAAAGUAGAAUACAUGGAAAUCAAGAUUGAUGAUUACAAAUUACCAAUGCAGAUCCUAAAGCCAGCGACGUUUUCAGACAUGACGCACUAUCCCUUGCUUUUAGUUGUGGAUGGGACGCCAGGCAACCAGAUUGUAACAGAGAGGUUUGAGGUGACGUGGGAGAGUGUGAUGGUCAGCUUGCACAACGCCAUCGUGCUGAAGUUCGACGGCCGCGGGAGUGGCUUCCAAGGCACUAAACUAUUGCACGAGGUUAAGAGGAGGCUGGGCUUUUUGGAAGAGAAGGACCAGCUGGAAGCUGUCCGGACAAUGCUGAAAGAGCAUUACAUCGAUAAAAUGCGAGUCGGUGUGUUUGGGAAGGACUAUGGUGGCUACCUGAGCACUUACAUGCUUCCAGCUGGCGAAGAAAACCAGGUGUUUGCAUGUGGAGCUGCUCUUUCGCCACUGACAGACUUCAAACUAUAUGCUUCAGCAUUUUCUGAAAGAUACUUGGGCUUGCAUGGGAUUGACAACAGAGUGUAUGAGAUCACCAGAUUAGCACACAGAGUCUCAUUACUGAAGGAACAGACAUUUUUGAUCAUUCAUGCUACUGCUGAUGAAAAAAUCCAUUUUCAGCAUACUGCGGACCUUAUCACACACCUAAUUAGGGCAAAGGCUAAUUACAGCUUGCAGAUUUACCCUGAUGAAAGCCAUUAUUUCAGCAACCCAGCUUUAGAGCAGCAUUUGUACAACUCCAUUGUCAACUUCUUUGCAUCGUGUUUCCAAGUUCAGGACAAACUCCCAAUAGCUCCACUGAAAGAGGAGGAGGACGAUGAUUAACCCUGUGUGUCUGUGCUAAGCACAGGGCAGAUCCCUCUAACAAUAUGCAACUGGGUCAUUUUCCUGAAGAAAGAGAUGUUAAUGUUGUUAGCAUGUAUUUAAAGAAAACUGAAAGCAGCUCCUCUGCUUUACUUGACAGCAACUCCUUCCUAGAUGGAAGAACAUUAAGCAUGGUGAACUCAGCAGAAACUGCUGUCUGAAAUUGACUCAUCACAACCAACAUCUUCCUUUUAUUUUAUCCUUUUUUUCCCCCUUUUUCUGUCUUUUUUUCUUUGCCACAAAGUGACUUGUGGUGUGAAAGUGGCAAGGCUUGAAGGAACACCCUAUGAAACCGCUUUGAGGACUGGAUGAUGUGAUGUCCCUUUACAGUCAAGCAAUCAAGCAGCAGCCCUGAAAUCCAUCAUUCAUAUUAUGUUCCUGUAGUUAACAUCACACUUUGUCAAAAAAAAAAAAAAAAAAGAAUCAAAUACACAGAAAAGAUUAUAGCAGUUAUUUUAAAGGACACUGAUUCAUGCAUAUUUGCCUGCUCUUUCUGAUCAGGAGGUUUGCCAUUGCUGCAGGACAUACGAAUGCAGUCUCUAUAGUUACGCUGGUGUUUACCUUCCUGUAAUUAUUUCUUAAUUUUGUAUAGCUUUUACUCCUGUUUUCAUUUGGUCUCAUGUUUACCUUACUAGCUUCUCAGCUUGUUCCGGAUGAGGAGGAACAAUAUGAGGAAUUAACCAACCCUAUUUAGACGUUAGAGUUCUGGAAGGGCAGUGAGGGUCAGGGUAACCAGCCAUUAAAAAAUCCUGUGUUCCAGGCACAGCCUUUACUCACAAGAUUGAGCAUUUUCUUUGGCAGCAUUGAAAAAUACACACAUAGAAAGCCCAGAUCAGCUUAACAUUGUGACAUGUUUCCAAUAUUAAA